CCCAUGCAUGAGCAUGACUAAAGCGCUGUCCGCCACUCACCGUGGGUGGAAAGUGGAAACUUGGGGUCCUGAUUAUUGGGUACUUCAAUCUCACGCGCAUUAAUUAUUAUUCCCAAUCGCUUCGGAUCGCUUCGUUUCGACGGUGGGAGAGCCUGAAAGCGUCUGCAUCCUUCCUGGUUUUCUCCGCUCAAAAGUUGACCUUUGGCGUUUUUGAAUGAAAAACCUCGUUUCGGAGAAAAAUAUAUCCCUAAUUUCUUAAAAGAGCUUUCAAUUUUUACUGUAAAUGAUUGAAGAACACGCCAUUUGUUGAUUGAAAUCUUCAUCUUUCCAUCCGGAAUGGUAACAGGAAAAGAGUAAUCAUUAGUCGUUCAGUCAUCUUUUCUAAAUAUUCUAUUGGUUUUCCGAUUAUGGACAAGCAGAGGAGCUUCUAUUGAGGUAAGCAGUCAAGAACAGAGGCAAAGAAGGAUCAGCAUUAUCUGUUCUGCGAAUUCAAAGAUGAAAGCUAAGAAUAAAGGAGUUUGGGGUCCCUCAACGAAGCUAGGGCUGCCGGCUGUCUUCCUCUCAUGUAUCGUUUUUUUUCUUGCUGGAUUUUUUGGUUCCAUGCUCCUCUCUCAGGAUAUCUCUGGCGUCGGGACUAGGCCGAGGUUACUUGAAUCAGUUGACGAGGAGACAGGGUACAGCCCGAUGCCGCAAGGAGAGACUGGAGAAGCUUCAAUUGGCUCCAUACCCUUUCAGGUUUUAAGCUGGAAGCCUCGAGCACUAUAUUUUCCUAAUUUUGCAACUGCAGAACAAUGUCAAAGCAUAAUAAAAAUGGCAAAGUCUAAGCUUAGACCAUCAACCUUAGCUUUGAGGAAAGGAGAAACUGCGGAGAACACCAAGGGAAUUAGGACAAGUUCAGGCACAUUUCUCAGCGCAUCAAACGACAAAACUGGGGUCUUGGACUUCAUUGAGCAGAAAAUUGCUAGGGUUACAAUGAUUCCAAAGAGCCAUGGAGAGGCAUUUAACGUCCUACGUUAUGAGAUUGGCCAGAGGUAUAAUUCUCACUACGAUGCGUUCAACCCUGCUGAAUAUGGCCCGCAAGAAAGCCAAAGGAUAGCUUCCUUUUUGUUGUAUCUCUCUGAUGUGAAGGAAGGUGGGGAGACCAUGUUUCCUUACGAGAAUGGUUUUAUGGACUUCAACUAUGACUACAAAAAGUGCAUUGGUUUGAAAGUAAAGCCACGCCAAGGGGAUGGACUUCUAUUUUACUCGUUGUUUCCAAAUGGUACUACUGAUCCAACAUCACUUCAUGGGAGUUGUCCAGUAAUUGAAGGGGAAAAAUGGGUAGCGACGAAAUGGAUCAGAAAUCAAGACCAAGAAGAAUGAAUGUGUGUUCAUUUGUCAGAUUAUUCCUUAGGGACACAACUGUGGAGCUUGACAUUUGCAGAAUCGUCGCAUCUUUAAUCACUCACUUUCAAAGCUUUCAUCAUGCGAUAAUGUAAAGAGAGGUAUUUUGGUGAUGGGGAAUGUUAAUUAAUUGUACUGGAUUCAAUUCGAGUUGCACUGGAAAAAAGAUUGCUUUGAGAUUACAUGCAAUUGGAGGGGAGCAUUGAGGUCGGCCAUGUCAGGUUCACAUUAUAGCAAUGACAUCAAAUGUGCUAUAUACAAUAUCUGUGUAGAGAGUCUAGUGACAUUGAGGUCAGCCAUGUCAGGUUCGCAUUAUAGCAAAUGACACCAAAUGUGCUUUUUACAA